UGGGGUACCUAUUUGCCAAAGAGAACGAGCGAACGAACGAACCAACGCACGUUCGUUCAUUAUUAUCAUUAGUUGAUAAACAAUGUUCUGAUAACUGUGGAGAGGGGACUUUUUGCAUUGAUUGUUUACCAGAGUUUUGGAACAACAUUUGUUCGAAGUUCCAUUUAACCGUGGAGGGUAAAUCAAUACAGUCACUAGUCGAUGUUAACCCCGUUUGGUAGGGUUCUUUGCCAAGUGUUUGUGUGUUACGUUUUGGUGUUAAUUAUUUAAAUUUUCCCCUUUUGAAUGAAUUGAGGAAAAUACUGCAAAGAAACAAACAACAACAAUGGUUGUCAACUGUGACAUACAAUUCGAAAAUAAUCCCCAGGGAUGCUUUUUCGCUGGCCAAGUGUUGACAGGGAAAAUCGUUUUGUCGGCCGAUAAAGUAAAACAAGUUAAAGCUGUGGUCUUGAAGAUAAAUGGAUAUGCCCAUACAUAUUGGUCGGAGAAAGGAACCGAUGAUAAGAGCACAUCCUAUACGGGACAUAUUGAUUAUAUAAAUUCGGUAACCCAAUUGCUAAGCCAAAGCUCGUCAGAUACUCCAGUUAUCAUUGAGCCGGGUGUCCAUAGUUUUAAUUUUGCUUGCCACAUCCCCACAACAUGUCCAUCUUCGUUUGAGGGUAACCGCGGCCACAUACGUUACAUAAUCCAAGUUGAUCUGGUGCGACCAUGGAAAUUUGACCAGACCUAUACCAGAGGCUUUACCGUUCUCAAAAUCAUGAAUUUAAAUUACGAUACACCGCUUUUGAAGAUGCCCGUCAACAAUGAAAUGUCCAAGGUCUUCUGUUGUGGCCCAAUGAAAACCGAUCCUCUGCAAAUCCAAAUACACCUUCCACAAUCUGGCUAUGUUCCCGGUCAGCUUAUACCCAUCAGCAUUGUGGCAACCAAUGAUACCAAAGUUCAAAUUACCGAAAUUAACGUCCGCUUGGUUAUGAUGGUGUGUCUGUAUAGCCAGAGGCCAAUUGUGAAGGCGGUCAAUGAUUACAUGACUGUAUCCAAGUUAAAGGGUGACCCAGUACCGAUAUUGUGUAAAAAACAAUUCAAUUAUCUGCUCCCAGUGCCGGCCACCCCACCAACUUGCUUCAAUUUAUGCCAAAUAAUACAGGUGGCCUAUCGCAUUGAGGUUGAGGCCAAAAUGAAGGGGAUUUUCUAUCCCACCCAAGUCAUACAUAUCCCCGUGACAAUUGGCAAUGUACCGCUUAUGAAUGUCAUACAACAACAACCGAUGGCGGCAGCGAAUGGAAGAACAUUUACCGGCGAUGGAGAUGUCGAUGAAGUGGACAAUGCAAACAGUCAACCAUGGGCCGUUAAUGAUAGCAUUCCUUGUCCCACCUUCGAGGAAGCUGUACAUAUGCCACAGGCGCAAUUGGCCGAUUCUGAAAAACAUGACUAUGGCGAGAAGACUUUUGCGCCAAAAUAUCCCGUAUUUAAUAUUCCCAGUCCAUCGAUAAAGGAAAGUCAAGAGAAUGGUUUUCUGCCACCCACUGAAACAGAUCCAAAUAAAUCAACAUGGCUAUGAUAUACCAAACAUUUGAUUAGUG